AUGGACCCAUCACUCGAAAGUGAUGUUCUAAACCGAAGAUCGUUAAUUCUAACGUACCGAAAUUACAAAAACGACACGGAGUACAUCGCUGGUUGGCUCGCAUGGACAUCGGGGAAAUGCGGAUACAUCAGAGCUAUCAACGAGCCGGAGCCUCAGCAGAAGGCGCCGCGGAAGAGGGGAAAGGCAGGCAAAGCUCAGAUGGCUGAACAUAUUGCUUCAUUUGAUCCCAAGAUCGAAGUCCCAGCUGCGCUACAACAGGUGUUUGACCGAGUGAUCUUAGCUCGGAGCAAAGUGGCCAGUUGGUUCGAGAAAGGGCACUCGACCGAUUACGUCAGCAACGACAGGCACUCCUACUUUAUCACCGUUCUGGAAAAGGCGGCAAAACUGCUGAAGCCUCUGAUACCAGAGACGCCAGUAGUUUCUGAGAACAUCAAGCUACAAAACAGGUUCGCCGGGCUUACGGUCGAAGAGACGGACCCACUGGACGAUCUCAUCACCGAAGUUAAGGAGAAGCAAUUGCCCAAAGUCGACCCUAUCCCGAUUGAGCAAGACGAGGAGAGUCUCGAGCACGACUUCUUCUUCGCUAUCGCGACAUUUCUUGACGAGAUCUACGACGUGCGAGCAUGGAUUGUGCGAGAGUGGGAUGAAUAUCGGCAGACAGGUGACGGCCUCACACGCGCGGCAGUGCUUGCCAAUACAGCCGUCGAUCUGGUGCGAUCUGCUGAGAAUCAAUUGGAUCAGAUGCUCGUUCGUCCCAAGAAAUACCCCGCCAAGGAAUACCCUGUUUGGACUCUUCCGGCACUGCUCUACGCUCGCUUGCAUGGUUUCUGGGACGGCGAUAUCAAAGACAAUGUCGAUAAACUCGUCAAGCCGUCUAUGAGAAUCCGGCCAAACGAUCAUCUGUGCGAGCAGGAGACAUAUUCCCUGGAGGUCUUUGAGACCCUGGAAUGGGCUCAGUUCUUCGACGUCGCAGGUCAUCCUCAUCUGUCUCAUUUCGCUGUCGACGAGACUGCUCGGGGCAUCAAACACAUGAUAACUUUCAAAGAGAUUCCUAUAUGGCUCACUGUAGCGGUACAGAUGUUCUUUGACGUUGAGUCGGUGUUUCAAGAGGAGGGCACGCUUGCAGCGCCUUUUCGCGAGUACAAAGAGACUGUUCGUAAAGCCGCGCAGGAUUUCUCCAAAAUUGAUCCUAUGUCCAAAAUUGAUCCUAUCGAGCGGCCAUUCAAGGGAUCUGCGGAUUCCGACAAAAAGAUAGCCUCGCUCUAUCAGAACAUGCGUAACAUCUUGAGCGACCAUCAAGACUACGCGAUUCGUGAUCGCUGGGGAAGAUUCAUCCGGAAGAUCAAGGAGGACAAGCAUGAGCCACUGAGUAAAACUGUAGACGAGCCGGAUUACGUCUUGAAAAGGCAUCCGAUCCGCUGCGGGCUUCUGAAGUACGAACUACAGCUACAGCUUAAUCACAGAGCUUCCAAAAUCGAGCAUAUGGCGGGCGACAUCCUUUACAUGGCCUGGCUAUAUGUUGCGGUAAGCCGGAUACUGCACCCGGAAAUGCCCCGAUGGCCUGACAUGGAAUAUCUACUCAACGGUCGACAAGACAAGCUGUUCUUCGGCGAAUGGCCAAAGACUCUCGACGAAGUGGGUAAGAAGAUUGAUCUCGGACGCGGCUACUCUAUUGCCAACAAGGCGAGCAAUCGGCGUUCAAAGAAGGACACCUGGGACAACAAGCAACUGCGCCGACUCGAUGACCCAACUGUGAUCGGAGAACUGUUUUUGAAGCGGAUGGGUGCGGAACCCAAAUCAACAGCAGAAGCCCACGAAUGGGUGAUGAAGUUAGUCAGCCUGGUGUGCAAGCCAGAGUCGCAGAAGAUCUUGGACCGACAAGAAAACUUACCCCAAGGUACUUACGAAACAUCGGAGUUCUUGAAGUCCGUGGAAUUGCAACGCAAGCCCUUAGCCUUGCUCGGAGAGAUUCGCCAGUGGCUCCUAGCGGAUGAAAACGACCUGCACUUCGACUGGUUCGGUAUGUUGUCUACCUGUACAGACAUCUGGAAGACAAUCAUGCCGGCAUUUCGCAAGAAUCCCGUGUUCAAAGACGACCCUAACAUCUACAACUGGAACGUUAAUACUGUAAUCACUGUACUCAAGACAGAAUCUAUCGCGCAAGACAUGGGUACGCCUAUGCCAAUCUUUGAGGCGGUUUGGGAAACUUUAAAGCAGUUCAUCCAGAUCCCAGUAUCAAAGGAAAGCGGCAGCAAAACAUGGAAGGGCGAUCUACAUUUGGCCAAGCUUGUAGAUGUUUGCAACCCUGCGAUGACGUUGAUGAACCCAGGGCCUGUCAGCUUCAUGAAUCUCUAUGCAAACUGGAGUGAUGAAGACAAGAGAGACUCUCGAGAAGAACACCAGAGAGAGAGCGUGAAAGAAGAGACAGAUGGCGAAGAGUCAGUCAGCGAGGCAUCAGCCGCCGAGGAGCCUGACAACGAUACACCCGCGGAUGAGGACGAACCCAGCGAGCACUCAGGCAGCCAAGACGAUGAGACGGCCGAGAUCGACGAAGCAGCUUCGGACGCUGGUAGUGGCAUCAGUAUUCAGGAAUUCUCUUUGGACCUCAAUGCGCUCGCUAGCCAGUACAAGAACGGCGGCAACAACAUCAUCUUUAUGGGCAACAAAAUGAAAGCGCCGGUAGCCAUCAGUCGCGCGCAGAUGGGCCAGCUACGUACGGCACCCAAUGGGGACUUCGUAUUGCCCGGCGGACCCCCAAGCCGGUCUUCUCGAGUACAAAUGCUACCCCCACGGAAGUCGAAGCGUGUUCGUGGUGUUCGUGCGAUAGCUACGACGCAAGAUGCCCCUGAUCUGUGUGCUUGCGGUCUCAGCCGGUACGGAGUGAGUGUAAGGCCGAUAACGACAAUGAACACCAAGGCAGCGAAAGUGGAGCACCAAUGUAUGGGAGCGCUAUUCGAAGGGAUCGACGUGCCGGAUCGUGAUCUUGGAGACGCUAUCAAGGUGACACGACGCAAAAUUCGAGGUUCGUAA